AUGAAGCGGAUACCAAGCAACUACUGGGUGGAGAAAUGUUGCAUAAUUGAUCAUAACGCAAUUUCGGAAGUCAUAAGAACUACCCCUCUUUCUUCCAUGGUGGCAAUCGCAUAUUUUUUUGGCUGUCAAAAACUUUCUUUGCUGUCCACUGAACAUAGAGAUGAUCUUACUCUGCAAAAACUAUAUUCUACUGUUAAGGAGCAGGCGGGAGACAAGAUUACAGCGGAACAAUCAGCUGCUGAGGUUUGCAAUCAAACCAAUUUGCAAUUCAAAAAAAUCUUGAAUACUUUGAAUCCCAUGCCAGACACGCUUUUGAAAAAGCGCUUACGCGCUUAUGCUGAUGAUGGUGUCCUUUAUACAGAUACAUGCAAGUGUAUGUAUUCAGGAUUGUCUAAUACCGCCGUUAAACCUAUGCCUCCACCACCUGAACUAUCCUAG